AUGUCCAUUUCUUAUCAUUUUGAUCACUUGCCACCGAACGUGUUAACGUUAUCUGGCUAUGAUUUUUUUCAAUUCAUUCGAAAUACUCUAGGUGAACCUGAAGCAAAUUUUUUGAACAAAAUUUCAGUGAAAACAACAUCGUCAUUCAUAUUAAUUGAAAAUCCAUUAGAUAUUUUCAAUGAAGAUAUUGAUGAUGAAGAAUUAGAUACAUUAAAAGGACAGUUAUGUUUUAAAAUGAAGAAUGAUAAAUUCUUAAUUAAACCUGGUGUUCUUUCCGGAUUUGUUUCACUGAAGGAAGCUUUAAAAGAAAAAUUAAAUCAACAACAUGCACCAAAAAAAAAACAUCAACAAUCAAAUAGUAAUGUAUCAUCAAUCUCUUCUUUGACAUCAUCAACUCAAGAAGCAAAAACUUCUUCAUUAUCUUCAUCAGAACAUAAAUCACAUGUUCUGAAACUAAUUAAAAAGUGGUGUAAAGAAAAUAGAGAGAAUUUAAAUUUAGAAAACUUUGAAUUAGAAGAAGAUAUUGAUUUUACAUUAAAUGUUGAUUUCGAUUCAAAUUCUAAUGUACAAGCCACUAUCAAGUGCAAAUGUGGCAAACUGAUCACAUUAGGUAGAAAUGAUCAGAAAAUACAGGUCUCGAAUUAUUACAAACAUUUACAAUCUAUUGGAUGUAGCCAUAUGAAAGAAAUAAAAAAAUCUGAAAAACAAAAAUUGGUACAACAGCAGCUACAAUCAACAUUUUCAGUAUCACAAAUUCCAACAUCUCAAUCAAGUAUUUCGUCUGUGCAUUUAUGCACCAAUGAAAGUAUAAAUACACAAUCAACAUCUAAUACAAAUUCAAUUUUAACAUCCCAGCCAAAUCAUAAUGCUAAACGUCGUAUAAUAUCAGAAUCACAAAAAUGUCCUUCAACAAAAAGAAUUCGUAAUUGA